AUGUCCCCAAUCAGCCCCACCGCAUUCCAAACCACCCUCCAAGCAGCAACAACCCAACAAAAUCACACCUACACAACCAUCACCUCAAUAACAAUACGCUGGGAAAAAGACGACACAAAAGCCCACAAAGUGACCCCAUAUUUCCAAAACAUCCUCCAAAGCCUGAACCUCCCACCAGCAAUCGAGCACAUCAUCCGUCACAGCCACAGCCACUCAAACCCCAAUAUCCUAUUUCAAAAAGCCAUUCAUGACAUUAUCGCCAAAUCCAAACCCAGAACUAAACAUGAAAAUGACCAUAACCUAUUGAUUCUCCAUUACGCAGGACACGCUUAUACAAAGAACGGACAACUUACCUUUGCUGAAACCGCUACCGCUACUUCCGAGAAGACUAUCAACGCAGACACCUAUCUGCUGAAAGACAUCAAGACAGCCCAUCUAGACACACUACUCAUUCUCGACCAUUGCUACAUGGGUAAUAUACCGACUCGGGCUGCAACAAUCCCAGACAGGGUAGUAGAGAUCCUCGCAGCAACAAGCACACAAGCACCCCGGAACAGGAUCUCACCCGAGAAUACAUUCACCGCUAAGCUCGCAGAGGAAAUCUCUCGCAGAAAGCGGAGCGGACACGCAUAUAUAGAGUUUUCUGACGUUUUCCAAACCUUAAAGUCCCAUGAAAAGAGGGAUAAGCUCCGUCCUACACAUGCGUUGCUGGUCGGUGUUGGGUCCGUUGUUUUACCGCUUAGUGGAUCUGGAACUGUUGAUCCGGGUACUAUUGCACCGGUGUGCACUGUGUUGUUUAGUGUGAGUGUUACGGAGGGGUUGACUACUGAGGAGGUGAGGAAGUUGAUGGCGUGGAUGAGGAAACUUCCUUGCUUUGCGGGUCUGGAGCUUGAUAGGGUUUAUCCUGGUAAGGCGAUGUGCUUGGUCUUGCGUUCUGCGUUGUCGGUGUAUACCAAGCUGCAUAGGGUGCAGGGGUAUUCGUUGAUUGCGGAGGGUGUUGGUGCGCCGGGGGAGGUUGGUUUGGUGUGA